AUGGCGAUGAUGAUGACUGGCCGUGUGCUGCUGGUGUGUGCCCUCUGCGUGCUGUGGUGCGGUGUCUGUGGGGUUUAUGCGAGGAACCCUGACAACAACUCACUGGGCGGCUACAUGGCGUCGGGAGGGUUUGGAAGGAAUAAGUCGUUUCUGUCAACUGGAGCCAGUAAAAACUUAUCCACACCGCCUUUGCUGUCAGCAUCGUUUAUCUCUGCUAUACAAGCCGAAGCUCGUGAAGGAGAGGUUUCUUCUCCAGGAGUUACUGAUUCACCUUUAAGUGGAGCCACGGGUCUUAGUCCUGCUUUUUCCGGUCUUGGUCCUGCUGUUCCUGGCCCUGGUCCUGGUUUUGUUCAUGGUCAUGUUCAUGGUCCUGCUGGUCCCGGGGAUGGUGCUGCUGCUUUUUCCGGUCUUGGUGCUGCUGGUCCUGAUCCUGUUCGUGGUCCUGCCUUUUCCGGUCCUGAUGCUAAUAUUUUUGGUGCUCCUGUUCCCGGUAAUGGCCCUGCUGCUAUUCCUGGUGCUCCUGUUCCCGGUCAUGGCCCUGCUGCUAUUCCUGGUGCUCCUGUUCCCGGUAAUGGCCCUGCUUUUUCUGGUCUUGGUGCUGCUGUUCCCGGGGAUGGUGCUGCUGCUUUUUCCGGUCGUGGUGCUGCUAUUGCUGAUGCUGCUAUUCCUGGUGCUGCUGGUCCUGUUCGUGGUGUUGAUGCUCCUAUUCCUGGUCCUGCUGUUCCCGGUGAUGGUCCUGCUUUUUCCGGUCUUGGUGCUGCUGGUCCCGGUACUGCUGAUCCUGCUGCUAUUCCUGGUUCUGCUGUUCUCGGUCAUGGUGCUAUUCCUGGUUCCAUUUCUGAUGCUGCUAUUCCUGGUCCUGCUGGUCCCGGUGGUGGUCCUGCUCUUUCCGGUCUUGGUGCUGCUUUUUCCGGUGCUGGUCAUUCUGUUGCUGGUGGAAGUGAACCUCCGAACUCUCGCUCCGUCGUUAUUUCCUCAAAUCAAGGUGGUAAUGGAAAAACAACCCCGAUCAGUGUUUCAUCCGAUGAGCAGAUUGUAUCCUCACAAGAAGUUUUGGCACAAAAAGAAACAGGGAGUCAGCACACCUCUUUGCCCGAAGAACAGCCAACGGUGUCAUCAAACAAUGAAAAGCAAAGAAACAAUUUUGCUUCAGCAGGGGGUCGCAGUCUUGGCCACAACGCCGCGGGACAUGAACUCCAAGACUCUUUGGAAGAACAAAAUAAAAAUGAACAUUCACAAACGAACGAGACAAAAAAAUCAUCAGGGGAUCAAAUUACAGAAUCCCAACGCAGUGGAAAAGAAAUCUCGGAAGUAUCCAACACAAAAACGCAUGGGAUAAAAACUCAACAGCCAAAGACAAAUCCAGUAAAUGAGAAGAACUACAGUCAAAGCACGGAUGCAUCCCACACCACCUCCCCUCUUUUGCUUCUUGUUGUUGCGUGUGCGGCUGCGGCUGCGGUGGUGGCCGCGUGA